GUGACAAGACCGUAAAUUUUAAAUCAAGGAAGGAGUCCGAACUACUACUGUCGAAGAAAAAAAUACAGCAUGACAGGGAAAACCCUUUUUAGACAUCGGCGAACGGUGAUUGGCUUGAGAACAUAUCGAUCACGUGUAGAGGUCAUGGACUUUGCGCCCCACAACAUAUCAACACGAGCACAUGGAGUUUACAUUCUAGGCGCUAGAAUAAGAAAAGAGAAAAAAAAUCAUCAAAACAGAGCUUCGAAUGGGAAGUAACGAUACCUUAGGUAUCACAUUACAUUAGAAUUUCCGUCAGUUGGCUUGAUCAACCCGAAGAGAAAGGCGUGUGAAUUCGCGAUGAAGUCGUCGGCGUAUGACUAUCCUCCAAAACAAGGCCUGUACUCACCGGAGUACGAAAAAGAUGCUUGUGGUGUUGGGUUUAUCGUGAAAAUCAAUGGAGAAAAGUCUCACAAGGUUGUUACAGAUUCUAUAACCAUCCUGAUGCGCAUGAAGCACAGAGGGGCAUGUGGAUGUGAGGAAAACACGGGAGAUGGGGCUGGCAUAAUGACCGGUCACCCCCAUGACAUGUAUCUGAACAUUAUACGAGAAAAACAGCUGGGUUUUACAUUACCUGAUUCUGGUCAUUAUGCAUCCGGAAUUUUCUUUCUUGACAAUGACCCAAUCAAAGCUAAGGAAGGAAAAGAUAUGUUCACUAAGAUUGCUGAAGAAUAUGAAAUCCAGGUACUCGGCUGGAGGGAGAUUCCUUACGAUGACACUUCACUUGGAAAAACAUCCAAAGGCUGUCAACCAUACAUGGAGCAGGUAUUUGUCACCAGUUCACUGGAUGAAGAGACCUUCCGCAAGAGAGUGUUCCUGGUGCGCAAGAUUGCAUCCAACUCUGUGCGCACCAAGAACAGGCGAUUCUACAUUUGCAGCUUGUCACCGGAUGUUGUGGUUUACAAGGGUAUGCUGACCACGGACCAGUUACCAGAUUUUUUUCUUGACCUCAGCCGUGAAGACUACCGAACCCACUUUGCCAUUGUCCACGGUCGGUUUUCUACCAACACCUUCCCGAGCUGGGAGAGAGCUCAUCCGAACAGAUAUCUUGCGCACAAUGGCGAGAUCAACACAAUUUGCGGUAACACCAACAACAUGCAAGCGCGCGAGGGGGACAUGUACAGCGAGUAUUUUGGACAACAAACCGCACGCUUAUUCCCUGUUGUGGAGGACGGACAAACAGAUUCAGGUCGAGCGGAUAAUAUACUAGAGCUGCUGGUAAUGGCAGGGGAAAGAUCUUUGCCAGAGGCGGUGAUGAUGAUGGUACCCGAGGCCUGGCAGAAUGAUCAUCUUAUGAGCACGGAAAAGAAGAACUUUUACCGCUGGAGCUCCUGUUCACUAGAGCCCUGGGACGGCCCAGCUCUAUUCACAUUCUCUGAUGGUCGUUACGUUGGCGCCAUCUUGGACCGCAAUGGACUCAGGCCCUCACGGUAUUACAUCACUGAAGACGGUCACAUGAUCAUGGCAAGCGAGGUCGGUGUGCACAACUUUAGGGACGAGGAGAUCGUUUCCAAGGGUCGUUUGCGCCCCGGUCGUAUACUUCUCGUCGAUACCAAGAAAGGAAUUGUCAUCAACGACGAGGAGCUCAAGAGACAGAUUUCAUGCCAAUAUCCCGUGGGGGAGUGGCUAGGGAAGGGAUUGUACACGCUCGAGGACCUACACAAGGUGUACCGCGAAUCAAAGGGAGAUCACAUGACCCUACCCUCGAUCCAGAGCUUUGAGCGGGUCCAGUGUCUUGAGCAAGACCGACGGCUGCCGCUCUUCGGUUAUUCUGUGGAGGACCUGACAAUGCUAAUAGUACCCAUGAUACGGGACAAGAAAGAAGCGUUAGGGUCCAUGGGUAAUGAUGCAGCUCUUGCAUGCAUUAGUACACAUCCCCAGCUCCUUUUCGACUACUUCAAGCAGCUGUUUGCACAGGUGACCAACCCACCGAUUGACCCAAUCAGAGAGGCGAUCGUCAUGUCGCUGGCGUGCCCUAUUGGUCCAGAGAGCAACCUGCUUAAACCAAACCCUGAAAGCUGCAAACGUCUCUAUCUCGACCACCCCGUGUUGUCUUGCGGAGACCUGGAAGUCAUUCGGAACUGUGCACUGCCCCAGUGGAAGAGUAAAACACUGGAAAUGGUCUACCCUGUGGACGAGGGAGUCAUGAGCCUGGUGCCCGCUCUUGACAGGCUAUGUGACGAGGCAUCUAAGGCUGUUAAAGAGGGCUGCGCCUUCGUUAUUUUGAGUGAUAGGUCAGCGGGGAUCUCACAUGUUCCUAUCAGCUCGCUUCUGGCAUUAGGCUGCAUUCAUCACUUUCUCAUCCGGACCAAGCAGAGACGAAAGAUCGGAAUUAUCGUGGAGUCUGCAGAGAUACGAGAGAUCCAUCACAUCUGCUUGCUUUUGGGCUUUGGAGUGGAUGCCGUGUGUCCGUACUUGCUCUUUGAAACAAUGGUCAACUUGCGUGAACAAAACUUACUGUCGAAACCGUUGACCGACAAAGAAAUCGUAGCAAACUACAUUGAGGCCGCGCGUAAAGGCAUCUCUAAAGUCAUGGCGAAGAUGGGCAUUUCCACACUGCACAGCUAUAAGGGAGCUCAAAUCUUUGAGGCAGUUGGGCUUUCCCAAGAGGUUGUUGACAAAUGUUUUGUGGGAACGGCAUCCAGGCUCGGUGGGGUGUCAUUCGAUAUACUCGCUCAGGAAGCACUUGAUAGACACAGCAUCGCAUAUGCCGACCGAGAGUGCGACAACUGGCUCAUUAACAACAAGGGUUUGUACCAUUGGCGUGACGGUGGCGAGAAACACGUGAACGACCCGAGAAGCAUUUCAUAUCUACAGGAUGCCGUGAAGCAAAACAACAAAACUGCUUACGAAAAAUACGUGCAUUCCACCGUCGAAAUGGUAAAGGCCUGCACUCUCCGUGGUCAGCUGGAUUUCAAGUUCGCGCAUGCGCCAUUAGACUUGUCCGAAGUAGAGCCCGCGGCCGAGAUUGUCAAGCGGUUUGUCACAGGCGCGAUGAGUUUUGGCUCCGUCUCCAUCGAAACCCACAAGACCCUUGCGAAAGCAAUGAACAAACUCGGCGGCAAAAGUAACACAGGGGAGGGGGGUGAGGAUGCCAACAGGGGGAUGGGAGAUGACAACAGUCGAUCAGCCAUUCGACAGAUUGCAUCCGGGAGAUUCGGCGUGGACGCCACAUACCUUGCGAACGCGGUUGAACUUCAGAUUAAGAUGGCGCAGGGAGCAAAACCAGGUGAAGGUGGGGAACUUCCGGGAUUCAAGGUCACGACUGAGAUCGCAAAGACACGGAAGUCUGUCCCGGGAGUUGGUCUGAUCAGCCCUCCACCACAUCACGAUAUCUACUCCAUCGAGGAUCUGGCGGAGUUGAUCUAUAACCUGAAGUGCUCAAAUCCUGAAGCGCGAAUCAGCGUGAAGCUUGUGUCAGAAGUCGGAGUCGGCGUCAUCGCCUCAGGCGUCACCAAGGGCCACGCGGAGCACAUAGUAAUUUCCGGACACGACGGUGGUACUGGAGCGAGCACGUGGUCUGGGAUCAAGCACGCCGGGUUGCCAUGGGAACUGGGACUCUCCGAGACCCACCAGACGCUGGUCUUGAACGAUCUCCGCCGGCGAGUCGUGCUACAGGUUGACGGCCAGAUGCGCACCGGACGUGACGUCAUGGUGGCGGCGUUGCUAGGUGCCGACGAGUUCGGGUUCUCCACCGCUCCACUAAUCGCCAUGGGAUGUACCAUGAUGCGCAAGUGCCACCUUAACACGUGUCCGGUUGGCAUAGCAACGCAGGAUCCAGUCCUACGCAAGAAAUUCGAAGGCAAGCCAGAACACGUGAUCAACUUCUUUUUCAUGCUCGCUGAAGAGGUGCGAUCGCUGCUUGCAAAGCUCGGUUGUCGUCGCAUGAGUGACGUCAUCGGACGUUGUGACUUGCUUGGCCCGAGUCAAGCGCAGAACCGAAAGACACAGCUUCUUGACUUCAGCGGCCUUUUGACGACGAGUAAUGAGUUAAGGCCUGGUGACCACUCUGCCGGUACAGAAGCUCAAGAUCACAAACUGGAAGAAAGAAAGGACAAUGAGCUGAUCGCGGCUGCGCAAGGUGUGCUGAACGGGACAGUCCCGCGGGUUUACCUCGAAGUCGACAUCAUCAACUCCGACAGGGCCCUGGGCACUACACUUAGCUAUCACGUGGCCAAGCGAUAUGGUGAAGACGGUUUGCCAGACGACUCGAUUCAUGUCAAAGUCAACGGUUCCGCAGGCCAGAGUUUUGGCGCGUUUGUUGCCAAGGGAAUCACGCUCGAACUAGAAGGAGACGCUAAUGACUACGUCGGCAAGGGACUCUCUGGUGGGAUACUCAUAGUGUACCCCAGUCGUAAACACGGCUCGCAGUUCAAAGCAGAGGAGAACGUCAUCGUGGGUAACACGUGCCUCUACGGGGCUACAUCCGGGAAGGCAUACAUCCGGGGUGUUUCUGCCGAGCGGUUCGCUGUAAGGAACUCUGGCGUGACAGCUGUAUGCGAGGGUGUUGGUGACCACGGAUGUGAGUACAUGACCGGGGGCGUGGUCGUGGUUCUGGGGGAGUGUGGUCGAAAUUUCGCAGCUGGGAUGUCCGGCGGAAUGGCUUUCAUCUUGGACAGGGAGAGAACGUUCAAGUCCUUCUGCAAUCACGGCAGUGUUGAUCUAGAAUACGUUACCGGAAAUGACGUGGAGCUUUUACGAAGUUUACUGCAAGAUCACUUGAAGUCCACCGGGUCUGCUGUUGCUGCGACUCUUCUAGGGAACUGGAACGACUCAGUAAACCUUUUCACUAAGGUGAUGCCAAGGGAGUACAAGAAGGCGCUGGAGAAUAUUCAACAGCAAGAAAUGGAUGAGAAAAAAAAUGGCGACAGCGAGAAGAAAGAGCGCUCUCCGUCGCGAAAAAACAACAAAAAUGAUAGUCCAAUAGUCGACAUCGAGGAAGCCAUUCCAGAUGCAGAAAUGGAGCAAAAGAUCAUCGACCGUGUGCUGGACAAAACCCGUGGCUUCGUGAAGUACGAACGUAGCACGAACCAUUAUCGACCAGCCCAGCAGCGGGUAAAGGACUGGAAGGAGAUCUAUAACCACAAGCGGAGUGACAGGAACCUUAAAGUACAGGCGGCGAGAUGUAUGGACUGCGGAGUGCCCUUCUGUCAGUCCCACGCGGGGUGUCCCCUGGGGAACAUUAUCCCGAAGUGGAACGAUCUCGUCUUUCAGGACAAGUGGCAAGGAGCUCUCGAACGACUCUUGCAAACCAACAGCUUCCCAGAAUUCACCGGGAGAGUGUGUCCUGCGCCGUGUGAGGGAGCAUGCGUACUAGCAAUUAACGCAAAGGCCGUGACCAUCAAGAAAAUCGAGUGCACGAUUAUCGACCACGCCUUUGAGCAGGGCUGGAUCAAACCACAGAUCCCAAUGACACGGACAGGUAAAAAAGUCGCCAUUAUCGGAAGUGGCCCAGCAGGCCUUUCGGCCGCAGUCCAGCUGAACAAGGCUGGCCAUGAGGUCACAGUAUACGAGAAGAAUGACCGCUGUGGCGGGCUGCUGAUGUAUGGGAUUCCCUCCAUGAAACUCGAUAAGAAGAUCGUGCAGCGGCGAUUAAAUCUGAUGGAGCAAGAAGGCAUCACGUUUGUCACGAAAUCUGAAGUGGGCCGUGACGUCACAGCCAAUCAGCUGAUGGCCGAUAAUGACGCUGUCCUGAUGGCCGUGGGCUCAACCUGGCCCAGGGAUCUGCCAAUACCCGGUCGCAGCCUCGAAGGUGUUCACUUCGCUAUGAAUUUUCUCGAGACAAGUCAGAAGAGACAGAUGGGCGACUACUCUCUGCCAUCCCUGGACGCGACAGGAAAACACGUGAUCGUUAUUGGAGGUGGAGACACUGGCGUGGAUUGUAUAGCGACUUCUGUGAGACAGGAUGCCAAAAGCAUCGUAACGUUUGAGCUGCUUGCGGAGUCGCCUGAGUCCCGCUCACCCAACAAUCCCUGGCCGACCUGGCCGCGAGUUUUUCGCGUGGAGUACGGGCACGAGGAGGUUGCUAUCAAGUAUGGACGUGACCCCAGAAUAUACAACAUCAUGAGCAAGGAGUUCCUUAGCAACGAUAAAGGACACGUCAGAGCGAUCAAAGCCGUGGAGAUCAAAUGGGUCAAGGACCCGAGUGGCCGAUGGGUUAUCGAGGAGGUUCCGAACAGCGAACACGAAUUCCCGGCAGAUCUCGUGCUCAUUGCGCUCGGCUUCGUGGGUCCCGAGAAGUCACUAGCGAAGCAGUUCGGAGCAAAAGUGGACCCCCGCGGUAAUUUUGCGACGAAAAGAGGCGAGUACCAGACGAGCGUGGAAAAGCUUUACACGGCAGGAGACUGCCACUACGGACAAUCCUUGGUGGUGACCGCCAUGGCCGAGGGCCGACAAGCAGCACGGGAAAUCGACCUUGCCCUCAUGGGAACCACGUCCCUGGCAGGACCGGGGGGACAAAUACACACCACAAGACCUCCCCCCAAGAUGACAGAAUAGAGUACUCAAGAUCAGGGGGGGGGACAAAUACACACCACAAGACCUCCCCCAAAGAUGACAGAAUAGGUUACGCAAGAUCAGGGGGGGAAAAACCACCUCCUUCCUCUCCCCUCCCCACCCAAGAUUCAUACAAAUUUUGGGAGAUACAAACCAAAAGACCAAGAUCAGGGGGAGGGGAGGGGGGUUAUAAACAGUCAAGAGGACACAUUAUAUGACUCGGGAGGGGUAAGAGCUCUCAUUACUGAGCACAGAGCAAGGGCGUAGCCAGGGGGUGGCCUAGGGGGCCCAGGCCCCCCUUUAAGCAGCCAAAAUUACAGUAAAUGUAUGAGACAUUAUCUAAAAUACAGUAGAAAAUGCCUAGAAAUUCCCUUUUGGGCCCCCUCCCUUUAAAAAUCCUGGCUACGCUGCUGCAAAGAUAUUACAACAGGGCUUUUAAAACAGGGUCACAUUUAGUCACUGUGCAUGAAAAGAACUGGGCUUAGUGACACGCUUUACGAUAAGACAAUCUAAAGACAAUACACACACCUAUUUUAAAAAAAACGUCAGUGCUAAUGGCCAUUGACACUACGACCGAAAGAACCCACGGAUCCCAAAAUAUUUGUUCCAAAUUCAGCAAAAUAUAAAUAAAACAUAUAGCUAUCAUUAAAUAUAAUUAAUACAUGGUUCUAUUAUCGCUUGAGUUUAUUUAUAACCUUUAUUUUUACAAAAAAAAUGCUACCCAUAAACAUGUUUCGGUCAUAGAACUGCCAUUUGGCAAUUGGCAUUUACCUUUAUUGAAAUACAGGUGUAUUCUAGUUCUAGCAUUUUGUUUCUCCUUUCCGAUAUAGCAAAAAUAGAGUAGCCCUGUUCUAUUUUAAGUGAUAGAAUCUUUGAGUGAUAGAUUUUACUAGGCAUUAAUCAGUUGACUGCCACACAAAAUUGAAUACUCACAGCAUUGAUAUCGUAAAAAUCGAAAAAAAAGGAAAGAACAGAAGGGGCAUUUCCGUAGCCUUUUUUUUAGAUCUAGACUUUUGGGUUUCAAGGGGCUUUGUUUCUUUCUUCUCAAAUCUUUUCAGAUUGAGAUUCCUACAGAGAGAGCUAGGGGUGUAUAUAUAUAUAUCAAAGGGCCAAAGCUCCAAUAAACUGUGGUAGAAAUGC